CCUUCUGGAAAAUGGUUUACACCUUAAAAGUGAACGGAACGACUGUAGACGCAACUAUGGUGGACAAUCUGUCAGAGAGAUUUCUGAAAGCUCACCUUGCCCUUGAAGGUCCGAGAAAGCAGUACCAGUUUUACACCAUGGAUAGUAUUACGCAGUUAUCAUACACGCGAUAUGGCUACAGUUUUGCUUUUCAUCUGACCAAUAAGUUAGACGCAGAGAACAUCGCCUUGGUCCAAACAGAGCUAACACAGAUGAUAGCAGGAAAGCAAUCAGCCAUGGAAGCAAACAUCACAGUGUCAAUAGAACGACAGGAAGAAUAUCUGGAUGCGACCGGCCGAACCGUCUGGAAAGUGGUUUGCUUCGCGAAACAAGAUAACCAUUACUUACCGGCAUCUGCGCUGCCUGUCCUGAACUAUACUGACCUCAGCAUUAAACUGGACGCACUACGAGGCCCGCGUGGUCAGCUCUUCACCGUAGUGAGCGGGACCUCGUUACUUCAGUAUCGAUAUCACUUUUCGGUGUAUAUGACGUCACGAGUAUCCGUACAACAGUAUUCACGGUUCGAAACCGCAUUAGUUCAGGUGUGGGAGGAAACAAAAGAAGAUUACAAGAACUGCAGUUGUGUGCGUGUGGACAUUGUCAACCAGGAAGAAGUGGUGGACGCCAAAGGCGUUUCGUAUUGGAAGCUUGUGUAUUACCUACACGUGAACAAAACCCUGGUGGAAUCCUUGACAUCCGUAGAUAUCAACCAGACCCUACUAACUCAGCAUGUCUCGACUAUCCUUCGACCAACGGGCCAGUCUUACCAGACCGUAACGGUGGAGGAACAAUCCGUGAUCAGGUCCAUGUUUACACAAGCCAUCUUCCUGAGAACGGAAGUGGGGUUAUUUGACAUCAACACAGUGUCGUCUGCUAUCAAGUCCUAUUGGCAGUCAGUUUAUGAAGAGUGGUUCACGUGUGGCUGUUUGGAUGUCAAUUUCAGUAGGCAACAAUCGUACCUUGUAUUGAAAGAUGAGAAAUGGAUUACAGUUUGGCGCCUAGAAUAUGUCAUUUUGGUUGACCAGACGUUAGUUGACCGCGAGACCAUCCAUGUUAUCAAUGAUACUAUGCUGCAACAGAUAUUUAGUGCUAUGACGUCAAUCUCUGGUGACGUCUAUCAAGCGGAGGAAGUGACGUCAGACGUGCUGGUGGAGUACAGGUGGCACUUUCCACUUUACGUGUCACGAGAGGUCAAAGUCACUGAUUUCAUACACUUUGAGGAAGCAGUCGAAGCCGUAUGGUCAUCGUCUAUUUAUAUAGAGGAACACAGUGUGACAAUAACAAAUCAAGAGGAAUUUGUUGACAAGCAUGGGAAAUCUCUCUGGAAGUUGGUAGUGUUCAUAAGGAACGACACUACGUACUUGGACAGCUCAGUUUGUAGCCCAAUAAAUGCCACAAAAGUUGUAGCGAAACUAGCUGAGAUGAAUGUCACAGGAGCUAGGGGAUCGUAUGACGUCAUCAGUGUGGACAGAUCAGUAGUUCUCCAUCGCUAUGAUGUCAUGAUUCCAGUGUUCCUGAAUAUACAUGUUUACACCGAGGACAUUGUACGCAUUCGCCGUGUUCUCGUAGCUACAUGGGAAUUAGUAUAUCAAGAAUUUUACAAAGACUUUGUCUUAGAUGUUGAGAUAAUACGCCAAGAGGAUUUCAUCAGUGUUAAAGGUGGUGAUGUGGCCAAGUUGGUGUACAUACUGAAAAGCAAUGGAACCAUACAGUCAUCGACUCGUCUUCCACAGCUAAACACCACUGACAUCCAGGCGAAACUCCAGACUGACCUGAGAACAGCCCGCUAUAGCGUAGUGACCGAUGUUACUACACUUGUAGCAUAUGAACAGCACUUCCAGCUAACACUGACACAACCUUUGCUUCAGGCAGACAGAAUGAUCAUUCAGUCACAGUUAGAAGAAGCAUGGAUGUUGUCGAAGAACGUGUCAAGGAGUGACGUCUCUGUCACCAUAACUUCCCAAGAGGAAUUGACAGCUGUAGAAAAUCAUAAAAGCUUGUCCUUGUGGAGAGUUCUGUAUUUGGUGAAGUACAAAGGGAAGGUAACCAGUGCAGUUGUGGAGACAGACAUCACCAACUCGUCACUAUACGAAAGUUUGAAUGUCACGCGUAACGACACCAGGGAGAAGUAUGUGGACUCCUUGUACACAGGGGACACCUUGUCCUACACAAUCUACAGACACCUGUUUGCGGUUCACUGUGAACAGAAAAUAGCCGUGGAAUCUUACGACAGCAUUGCAUCAGGGAUUGUGUCGGCUUGGAAGAAUGUGACAAAUAAGUCUGUCGAAGUUGAAAUUAUUGGACAGGAGAAGAUUUAUUCAGCCAGGCGCUAUGUGUGGAAACUCUCCUACUCUGUCACGUAUGAAUCUGACAUUGUGCGAAGUGAUACCACUCGAGGUCCAGAUGUCGAGACCUUCCAACAACACCUUAAAAUCUCCAGUCUAUUCGGCCAGUCUUAUAAACUGGUGAAAGUGACGAACGAACGACGAGUGUCCUAUGCUUUGAGCAUCUUCCUGGAUAAAAGGAUCAUGCUUACCUUUCAAGACAUGUUUCUCGGCACUUUGAAGGCUGUUUGGACGAAGACUCAUGGCAUUGCUUCAACAGAUACUGACAUAGAAUUUCAAGGGUACGAGCGUUUCCUAGAUGAACACAAAGUCUCAGUGUGGCGUCACGUAUGCUUUGUACGGGUAAAUGGAGAGGUCGUGAACUCAGCGGAAUUCACACAGCUGGACAUGAGGGAGGUUCAAGAAGCUUUGGACACCACAUUCGAAUCAACAUCGAUGUACCGUGUACUGGACACAGUCGUCCAAUCCUCUUACAGGGAUUACAGUUUACAGUAUAGCGUGUACUUCCGGGGACGGCCUGGACGGCUCCUGUUGCGUGAGCUAACCACUGCCCUUCUCGUGGCAUGGAUCGGCAAGUACAGCCAUACAGCAGGGCCGGAAGAACUGUUCAAGCCAGAGGUGACUGAUCGAAAGGAAGCUGUUGCUGUGAAUGGGAUGACCUUGACCCAGGUGACCUACUUCAUGACCCUCGGGGAGAGACCCAGAGACCCGCUAACGAUCCCCGCUCCCUCGGCCCAGGACAUCGCCCGUGAUGUAAACUCUACCCUCGGUGCCCAGGCCUAUACUGGCGACAUUUCCCUCAUACAUGAAUAUAGUUUCCUCUUCUCGGUGGAUUUGAGAGGACUUCCCAUCUACCUGGACUCUAUCGAAAUCAGCAAAAGUCUCUCCGAAAUUUACACAAUGGCACAUUUUGUUGACGUGAGCGUGGAUAUUUUGAAAAUGGAAAGAUACUCUGGAUCAUUCGGAGUACCUGUGACGAAAGUCUUGUACACAGUUCGCGGGAAUGACACCAUCCUGGAUCCUGGGCUGAUCACCAAUAGUUUAGGCUCUCUUAUCACUGCGCAGUCACCACAACAACAGUGGCGGAUGUACCUUGGAGAUGUCUACAGACUGGAAGUCAUCUACUCUCUGACUGUGACCAUGGAACUGAGGAAAACCGACAAGACGAUGAUUGAGGCCGCGAUAGCCAGAGCGUUCGUGGACAACAGAACAUCAUCAUGCUCAUCGUGUGUUACAUCGGUAUCAAUCGUGCACGGCCAGGCGUAUGUCACGGACAAUGGUGUCCGUCUCACGCGGAUUUCAUAUACCGUUAGCAUGGACAAUGAGGAGCUGCAGAGUUGGAGGGAUGUACAACCAAGUCAAGAAGUACUUCAACAAUAUCUCACCCAGUCUGACAGAAGGUUUGAAAUGUGGACAGCAUCCGCUAUCCCAGUUGACACAUUGUACAUUGUCUCUUCUGCGAAUGCCACUCUGGACGUGGUCAAGCCAAUACUGAGCUUAGCCUGGAUGUCGGUUCUUAAUGGAUCAGUGGUUAUAAAUGCAACAGAGGACAGAAGUUAUGUGGACGAAGACUGGGUUGGCCUGGUUAGAGUUGACUAUACCGUUAGCAUGGACAGUGCUAUUGCAAAGAACGACAACUCUGCUGAGCUCACUGCAGCCCACCUGAGAUUUUUACUUCAGCUAAAGACAUUGCAAAUGUCCAGGGGCACGUCAAGGAAGCUACGAAGAAUGUAUGUCAAAGGAAAAAGAUCGGAACUUACAGAGGAUAAACUACACCAGGCUGUUGUAUUAAGCUGGCUUCAACACAACCCUGACCUCAACAAGACCGAUCUUGGUGUAGCCAUUAAGCCUGAAUCAAAACGCCAAAAGCGAGCAGCAACUAAUUCUCUAAAACUAGUCGAUAAAGAUGGUAGCUAUGUGACUGCCGUCCUGUACACAGUGUCGGUGAACGGGGAGGAACCUCAGGGCCUGUUUGUGGAGGCCCCGGCCCCAGAGACCAUAGACUCACACCUGAAAAACCAGACUGGGGCCGGGCUGUGUAACUGUACCCCAAGCUUAUCUCACAACCUGACGGUGGCCGGUAACCUAUCUGACAAGGACAAGGGGGCCCUUGAGGAAGCACUGAAGGACGCUUUCGUGGCAGCCAAUCCAGGCCUCAAGAAAGAUGACCUGGAUGUUCAGAUAACAAACACAAAGGCGAAGAAAGAUGAAAAUGGGAACAUGGUGACUGAUGUGGAGUACACCGUGAGUCACAACGGUGGGCAUCCGGUGGAGGAUCUGGUGUCUCCUACGGAGGAACAAACGGAAAACUCUCUGAAGAAACACGGAUUGAAUGUUCCAGACAAAACCAAGAAGGAAACAACUGGUAGCAACGAUAAUUGGAAAAUUAUCGUCGGUGUUGUGGUCGGAAUAGCUGGUUUUGUGGUCCUAUGCUCUGCAGUAGCACAUAUCUACAUUAAAAGAAGACGAAGGAAAGCUGAAAGCUUGCAGAAACGAGAGGACGGUAUUAGACAAAAUGAGUUUGACAAAGAGCAUUUUAGUGAGCCCGUAAAUUUCAACAAUCCAAGUUUUGACAACAAUAGGCAUCCUCUGGACCCGUUUUCUACACGAUCAGUCUGAGAGAACCUUGGGAUGCUGUCUUCAUAUCCACUCGGUUGUUAGCGGAAUAUUAUUAGUGGAUUUGGACCAGUAUACAGCAUUAAUCUCAUUAGGAAGUGAAUUUUUUGUAUCUGUACUUAGUGCUUGAGAUGUUCGCAUGAAAGUCAUAGAUCUGCAGUAAUUACUGCCCUCUACGGGUAAAUUUGCAAAAUUUAUUCUUAUUACAAAUAUAUUCAGAGCGUUAAUUAUCCGGCAUUACAUUUUUGUUUUAAAGCAGUAAAGUCAGCCUUAAGUUAUGUGGGUAUAUUUAUUUGAAAGUCGCAUUUAAGCUUCAAAUUUCAGUUAGUUAACUGUGUAACAACUUUUGAUAAAUGUACAUCACGGGUGCUGUAGAACUGAUAACUCUUUAUUGAUUGCAACUGUUGUUUAAAAUACGGAGGCUUAGUUGUUAGCAGACUACAUGAAGUGUAGUAC